AUGGCCGGGCAGGCGCACAAGAUCACCGUAGCGGCACUGCUGCCUCUGCUCAUCCUCCUGCCGCUGACGAUGCUCUCUUCCAUGGCAUCAGCCACGCGCCGCUCGCCGGCAACGGUGAGCAGCGAGGGUUUUUCGGUGCUGAGGAAGGUCCCAACCGGACCAAGCAACGAGACCAGCGAUCCGCCGCCGCCACCGUCUCAAGUGACUGAGAGCCCUGUCAUCGACUUCCCGGUGCUGAGAAAGGUCCCAACUGGACCAAGCAACGAGACCAGUGAUCCGCCGCCGCCACCAUCUCAAGUGGCUGAGAGCCCUGUCGUCGACCUCCCGGUGCUGAGGAAGGUCCCAACUGGACCAAGCAACGAGACCAGCGACCCGCCGCCGCCACCAUCUCAAGUGGCUGAGACUGAGAGCCCUAUCGUCGACUUCCCGGUGCUGAGGAAGGUUCCCUCUGGACCUAGCAACAUAACAAGUGACCCGCCGCCGCCACCAUCUCAAGUGGCUGAGAGCCCUAUCGUCGACUUUCCGGUGCUGAGAAAGGUUCCCUCUGGACCUAGCAACAUAACAAGUGAUCCGCCGCCGCCGCCGGUCACCACGACCGCGUGA